AUGGCCCCAAUUAUUCCAUCAAUCAACGUGGCCACGAGGUCGACCAGACUCCGCCCACGCGGCCAGCCAACCAACACAGCAACCGGCGUUGAGUCAACUACAGUUGUGUCUUCAAAUGUCUUGACUGGUCAUCAGGCAUCUUCAUCUUCGACCACCGACGUUGUCGAGUCGCCCAUCCUUACAACAGCUGUGGUUACAGAGUUAAUUAGAGGAGAAUUGCGACGAUUUUUCGAGGGUCACGAGGGGGAACGACUCGCGGGAAGAGCUCCUGACAUAAUAGAGCAAAAUCAAGCGACAGGUGACACUUAUAAUACUAACUCUGUUGUUGAGACUCCUAUUGUACACCAUUUUGUGUCUGAGCCGUUUUCUGAAGGGGGUGAGUUUCCACAGGGGGGUCUUCCUCGUCCAGCCCAGGUUGGGUUUUCCGUUGCAACCACAGCGCGCCCUGCUCCCUUGCCGGCACUUCCUCAGGCCGUUUUGGACAAGGUUAAAAAAGGUGAGUAUGUAAAUUUUGAUAGCUUACUGCCUGCUUUUGCCUCAUCUUCAGACGAGUUUACGUUUAAGGUUCUCGGUGGGUCUAGCCCGUCAGUUGCGUUAGUUCCCAAGCAAUCAAACCGCCCUAAGGUUAGUGACUUUUCAUCUUGGAUGUUAGCAUGGAAUAAUUUUAUCCGGUGCUUCACCUUUUUCUUUCCACAUCGUGCAUCCGAGCUUUUACACUAUCAGUCUAUCAUGUGUGACUUCGCCUCACAGUUUACAUUUACAGCAUGGUCGACAUACGAUCGCAUGUUUAGGUACCAAAUGGCUUUUGAUUCUGGUUUGUCAUGGAACCGUGUAGAUGACGAUCUUUAUAACCGUCAUCUCCGAAGUGCCCCACUGCAGCAUAUAGUGGGCAGCCCUUUCGUGCCCCCCAGCCUUUUCGCGCCUCACAGCGCUUUCGUGCCACACAGCCUUUUCGAGCCACGCAGACCCUCAGUAGGGCUGACACAGGUGCAGUCGGACAGGUCGAUAACAUCGCCACUUGUCGAUACUUCAACGCACAGGGUCACUGUACGAACCGACAAUGUCGCUUCGCACACCAAUGCAAACACUGCGGCGACUCCCAUCCUGCCUCACAAUGCUCCGUUGUCCGCAAAUAUUAAUCCAAAUCCACUGCCUGUGUCUUGUCAAUGUCCUGUCAAUGUUGCUCUUUUUGAAAGAUUGCUAAGGGAACACCCUUGUCAGUCUUUAGUGUCAUUUAUUAUCUCUGGUUUGUCUUCUGGAUUUGACAUUGGUUUUCAUGGCCCAUGCACAGCUACCCGGCCACGCAACCUACUAUCUGCACGCUCUAAUUCUCAAUCAGUGUGGGAGGCAAUUGCUAAAGAAUUAGCGCGAGGCCACACCUCAGGACCUUUUCUAAGCCCUCCAAUUACGCCUCUGCAUUGUUCACCCUUAGGUGCAGUACCUAAGAAAGACGGUUCUUACAGAAUAAUUUUAGAUCUCUCCUCACCUAGAGGCAAUGCUAUUAAUGAAGGCAUAUGCAAAGAAGAGUUUUCAGUGCGAUAUUCCACCUUCGACGAUGCCCUAAAAUUGGUGUCUGGGUUGGGUCCCACAGCAUUUUUAGCCAAAAUUGAUAUCAAACAUGCUUUUCGCCUUUGCCCCGUUAAACCAGCUCAAUGGGGUUUAUUAGGCUACUGUUGGGAGGGUUAUUACUUUGUGGACACUCGCUUGCCAUUUGGCAGCCGCUCCUCACCCUUCUUGUUUAACUGUUUUGCAGAUUUGUUAUGUUGGAUCUUCCUCACUGUGCUUGGUAUUCCAUUUGUGAUCCAUUACUUAGACGAUUUCUUCCUUUGUGGGAGGUCGGCAGCAGAAGUAAAUAGUUACUUGGAAUCUAUUCAGUCUAUGUGCACUAAACUGGGUGUCCCUAUUGCGGAGGAAAAAACCACAGGACCCUCACAAACUAUAACCUACCUGGGCAUUGAGAUCGACUCUCAGCAACAAAUCAUUCGCUUGCCAGCGGAUAAGUACAGGGAGUUGCACGAAGCUUUAUUGGUUUGGUCUGGUAGGAAGAAGUGCACCAAACGAGAAUUGCUUUCUUUGAUUGGCUCUUUAUCUUUCGCUGCCAAAGUGGUAAAGCCAGGCAGAAUGUUCCUCCGUAGGUUAAUUGAUUUGUCUACCACCGUUGCAUCACUCAAUCAUCAUAUCACAUUAAAUGGGGAGGCACGCUUAGACAUUCAAUGGUGGGUGGAUUUUCUACCUAGCUGGAAUGGUGUCUGUUUUAUUCAAGGGGACCCAAUCACAGCCGCUUCACUUAGCCUCUUUACGGAUGCAUCAGGGGUAGGAUUUGGUGCUGUUUUUCGCAAUAGUUGGUUCUGUGCUCCAUGGCCCCCAACAUUUCAUUCCUUUCACAUUAAUAUAUUGGAGCUUUUCGCAAUUGUAGCAGCGGUUAGGACGUGGGGUCGCGAAUGGCGUAAUCUGCAGAUCAUCAUUUACACAGACAACGCGUCCAUAGUUCAUGUGUGGCGCUCAGGCACAUCUCGGGAUAAACACAUCAUGUCGUUAAUUCGCCACUUAUUUCUAUUCACGGCGCGGUUGAACAUUAAUAUUUUGCUUCAACAUAUUCCUGGACAUACUAAUAUUGCAGCUGAUCUUCUAUCUCGGUUACAGGUUCGUCGAUUCAAACAACGCCUUCAGUCCGCAGACGAGUCACCCACACCAAUCGAGCCAACCAUCUGGACCAUCUUAGUAUAGCCUCACAGUACUUUCAAUCUCAAGCUUUGGCACCCACUACUAGGGCCACGUAUUCCACUGGUGUUGCCUCAUAUCAGCGAUUUUGUUAUAGGUGGUCUCAUCCUCUCUGGCCGUUGAACGAGGAUAUUCUAAUUCGCUACAUUUCUAGUUUGGCACAACGCGUAUCUCACACUACCAUUCGCGUUUACAUCUCAGGCUUGCAAUAUCACUCCAUCUUGGCCGGCAACUAUGUUCGAAUAGCAGACAUGAGUCGCUUGUGUUACACCCUGCGAGGAAUUAAAAGAGUCCAAGGAGCUCGUCUCACCCGGCCGCGCAGGCACCCAAUUACAUAUCAGAAUUUGUGUUUAAUUCAUUACCGUAUUCAAUUUUUACAAGCUACAGUAUAUGAACGACUACUUUUCAAAGCUGCUACCUCUUUGGCCUUCUUUGGCUUGUUGCGCUGCUCUGAAUACACUUAUCAAUCCAGUCGUCACUUCGAUCCAUCCACCGAUUUAUUGGUUGGAGAUAUCCAAUUUUCCGCAGACAAUUCCGUCAUGCUGGUUCAUAUCCGGUCGUCUAAAACAGAUCCCUUUCGUGUUGGUUGUCAGAUUAGGGUUGGCGCUAACAAUAACGCAGUUUGCCCGGUUCAGUGUAUGCGCCGUUUCUUAGCGGUUCAUCCCGGCCCAGGGUGGCCACUCUUCACUUACCAGGACUUCAAAUUUUUGACUCGUCAGGACAUAGUAAACCUCCUGGCUUCGUGUUUGCCUAAUAUUCCACACAUUAAUACACAUUCCUUUCGCAUUGGUGGUGCCUCCGCAGCAGCAUCUGCAGGGGUGCCUGACAGCACUAUCCAGAUUUUAGGCAGGUGGACCAGUGAUGCCUAUAGACGCUAUCUACAUCUCGAUGAUGCACAGGUCAUUGGCCUUUCUCGCAGUCUAUGCACCGCUGGGCCACCUACUCGUGGGUGGAGCCGUCACACACCUUCUUCAUUUUUGUUAUAGUUUAGUUGGUGGCGCUCGUAGGCGUCACCACACCUCUUCAUUUUGUAUAGUUUGUCAAGUGUGGUGGUGUGGGGGAAUUUGGGGGUGUGUUGUGUAUUUUAAACUCAUGCUGGUAUUCUUAAGUAAUAUUUUGCUAUUCAUGAACUAUCAAUCUUAAGCUGUCCUUGUUGGCAGUUUGUUAGAACCUGUCUUUGUUGACAGUUUGUUUAGAACCUGUCUUUGUUGACAGUUUGUUUUACUUAUAUUGAUUGACAGUUUGUUUUAUGUGAUCCUUGUUGACCACACUACAUUUACGAGAAACUGUCUUAGACAGUUUGUUGUGGUCUUUGUUGACCUCUGUUACAAUUAGAUACAGUACACACAUAUCCUCCGAGACCCCUCAUAUCCGCCAAACUUGCAGUUUUUAUUGUUGUUUUUCCCUGCGCGUUGUCAGCAAUUAAAGGUAGUUAAGUUUACUUAACUUUAGUUAAUUGCUAAACGACAUGGACUGGCGUUAGUACGGUAGCGCGUAGCUGUGGUUGCCAUCUUAGUUUCACAGGCCUGGGCUCCAAUCUUCACUUUGUUCGUUCGGCUCUUUUAGUCACGGUCUCGCUCCACGAUUCCUCUUUCGCUCGUGCUAGCCAACAGUAGUUGUGGUUUUACCGCCCACCCAUCCCGUCAGGGCAUUUUUACUGUUAAGUUCAUUAGGUUUUAUUCAAUGUGAAUAUUUUUAGGACAUUUAUACACGGGAGAUGUAUAUAUUUUGUAUACGUUGUAUAUAUAUUUACUUUGCGUUCAUGUGGUCUGAAAGACAGGGUCGAGGGGGUGUGUUGUGUAUUUUAAACUCAUGCUGGUAUUCUUAAGUAAUAUUUUGCUAUUCAUGAACUAUCAAUCUUAAGCUGUCCUUGUUGGCAGUUUGUUAGAACCUGUCUUUGUUGACAGUUUGUUUAGAACCUGUCUUUGUUGACAGUUUGUUUUACUUAUAUUGAUUGACAGUUUGUUUUAUGUGAUCCUUGUUGACCACACUACAUUUACGAGAAACUGUCUUAGACAGUUUGUUGUGGUCUUUGUUGACCUCUGUUACAAUUAGAUACAGUACACACAUAUCCUCCGAGACCCCUCAUAUCCGCCAAACUUGCAGUUUUUAUUGUUGUUUUUCCCUGCGCGUUGUCAGCAAUUAAGUAGCAGAUUGUAAAUGAGAGAUAGUUAAAAUUAAAAACUUUUUUUUAAAAAUCUUUUCUUUUUUUAAAAAUGCAUAAAUACUGAAUUUUUUUUAAAAGUUUAGUCUAGAAACACCUUAAACAAGUUUCAGAUCAAAAACCAAUCUUUUACCCAAGUUGAUGCAUUUUUUAGGACUAAGCGGCCAUUACAGUUAAGGGUGCUGUUGUAAUGGUUUAGACACGUCUUCAGUAUAUUAACACGCCAAUUUGAUAAUGUCUAUUCAAUCAGCAAGAAACUUUAAAAUAAAUAGUUCCAGUAAAAAUACUCUGAUGCUGAUUGAAUCCUCGGAUAAAAUGAAGCUUUUUAGCUAGUUUAUUGUCUCAGUCAUGAAAUUCUGCGGUUUCCAGCCAUGUAAAUAAAUUCUGUGGUAUUUUUUAGAUGCAGAUUGUAGUUGUAUGUUUUUAAAAAAGGUAUUAAAAAUCUUGUAUAUUCGUUGAUUUCUGUGGUUAAAAUGAACUCUAUCAACCGCAAAAAUGUAAAAAUUUCACAGUUUUUCGAAGCACAUGCUGGCACAUAACUACUAAGCCGUUUAAUAACAAUGAUGGUAGCAGUUAACACAUGUUUGUUUGUACAAAUGUAGCUAGCUCUAAACAUCUCUAAAUUUUUCCAGGUCUAAUGAUUUCGUUUCAAGAGCAUUUUUUCUUGUCCAUUGUCGCUAAUUUUGUGACAUUUGAUACACUAGCCGGGGGACCCACAAGUAACUGUGUUACCCCGCGUUCGACAACUUUAGCUGAAAUAAAAUCACAGUUUACAACCCGUUGUUACCCGCCAUAACAAAAACAGUUGGCCAACCUUUUUUACUUUUUUAAAAAAUGUUCCCGUGAAAGUUCAGAAAUGAAUGCAAUGUGAUGUAGAAUUUGACAUAGAGCAUGUAUCUGCAGACUCUACUGUACUGGCCGGGAAACCAAAUUGUUUGUAUUUGACGAUGUUAUGUAAGCCGUAUCAUUAUUAACCACAACUGACCAUGCGAAAAAUAACCCUAGGGUAAGUAAUUUUUGCAGCAAUUAAUUUCCACAAUUUCAAAUUCAAAAGUGUGAUAAUGUGAUUGUUAUUGACGAGGAUAAUUAGAGAGGAUAAUAUCUUCUUCGCUUUAUUUCAGACCCCCGGCAGAGUAAUUUAAAUACUUCAUAAUAACAGGCAAGUAUGCACAAAAUACCGGUGGGCUUUUUCACGGACUAAUGAACUACGAUCCCAGGUUUUUUUUCUCUUUUUGAUAUCGGGAAGGCCACAGAGAAUUUCGUCUCGCCGUCCCGUUUUAUAAAAAAAAGAUUAAAAAAGCCUGGGUCGAGGUUGCCAGUAUCCCUUAUUAAUACGCGGAUUCCUAAUCAGCUUAUACUAGGAAAAUCAACCUCGUCCAUAGGGCUAUUUUUUUCCUUUCUUCAGAAAGAGAAAAAAAGCCUGGAGAAGGAACACUACUGAGUUUUUGCGAAUCUGAUAAUUUCAGAGAAUUUUAGAUUGAAUGACUUCGAUAUACAUCGCAAGAAGAAAUUUUCGCAAAUUGAAAAAUCACAAAUUUUUCCGAAUUUGCGAAAACUUCUUAUCGCAAAAAUUACGUUACGAUAGCAAAAAUGCACGUAAUUAUAUCUUUGAUUAAAACAGAAAUCUGCUUACCCCCUGUUAAGUAUUAUGUAACGGAAAAACGUAUAUAAAUAAAUUUUCAGCAGGGGGUAUAUCAAAUUAUCGGUUUACCAAUAUGACAUCAUAAGGGUUUAAUGUUUAUUUUUAACAAAAAGUGUGGGAAAGAAAGAAAAGUUACUCUUGCGACACGCAUAAAGAUUAUUGGAGUGUUACUUUUAAAUCAUAACUUUAUUUACAAAUUUAUAUGAAGUCAUUACAGGAGGUUUUAAUGUUUGAUUUGGUCCAUAAAAUCAAAAGGAAUAAAAAAGUAUAUAAUUUUUCAAAUGGAGGAGGUCUGAACAGUUUAGUAUAAUUCGUAACGGUUUAUAUUUUAUUCUGUAUAUUUAUUCUGCACAGAGAUAACCGAAAAUACGCAAUACAAAAUAUUCUUAGAGCUUUGGCAUAUGAAGUAAUCAAAAUAUAGUGGAAAGAAAAUUUGCUUUGUCUAUCAGAAGUCGUUUUUUUCCUAUUUAUUAUUUUGUUGACAGCAAGUUUAAUCGAAGGUUACACGAAUAUUAUUGAAACAAUUUGAGAUAACAUGAAGGGCGAUUUGUCAAAGCUUUUAUAUAUACUGCUUGUUUAUGUGUGGUCGUGUUUUUUAAGAUUUACUACGCUAUAUUUUAAUUAGAUGAUGGCUUGUCCAUAGCAGUGACAGCUGGUUAAUUGCUUUUGGUUGCUGCUUGAAGAACUAACAUGAAGUUGAUGUUUGUCUUUCAUAUGGAAGUUUUAUAUAUACUGUUUUUGUUUUUAUUUUCGAUUUUAGUACGCCAGCGAACACAUUGGAUCUCAUACAAGAUCUUUAGUUUUCAUAUAAAGUCGUACCUGAUUUGAGUUUUGUGUCAUUUUUAAUUUCAACAGGUGAGGCAUAAAGAUUUUUGAUGUUUUUGGAGAUUAUGAAUAAAAGACUUGUUCUUCCUAAAAUACCUUUAUCAACACAGGAAAUAAAAACAGAUUUCAACGCGAGUCCUUCAUUAUUAUACAUUCACCAAUGCUUGCAAAUCACUUCAGACGAAAUUUCGCAUUCAUAUCGAAAGAAAGCAGAAGUUAAAUGGCAGAACGAAAAAAAGAAUAUUAGACUUCCACCAUUACCAGAGGUAAAACCGCAUGACAAACCCAGCCGGCGAAAAAAGGGUUCUACGCAAAAGCUACUUCAAAAAGCUUUUUCAAAAACUAUUUCAAACAGCCUAAGAGAAGGAACAGGAAGGGGUGACCAGUAUAUUAGACGGAGAAAGAAAACGGUAUUUCCUUUGUAAGAGACAAGCAUAUUUGUUGAAAAAAGGUCUGGAAAUGAAAGUUGACCAUGACGUAAUGUACACAAAUAGAAGCUAGUUGUUAUGUAUUGGUGUUGGAAACCAACCAGUCUUAAGGCCAAUAUUCACACACGAAAAACAUUCCGCGGGCCGGAUAACGAUAAAAAAAUUGUUCCAUCCUGUUACGUUCUGUUCCAGUAUGUUGGAGAGCGAAAAUUAUUUUCUACGUUGCUACGACAAUAACAACAACAUAAUAUGGAUAAAAACCAUGUGCUAGUUGCUGCCAUUGGUUUGUUGAUAUUACUUGAUUUUUUGUAGCUUGUCAAAAAUGCUAGUUGCUGCGCAGACCAGACAAAAAGUUGAAAACAUUCCAACUUUCUUCUGGCUUCUCAGACCGAACAGUUUUCUGUUUCAAUUGCGUAGUAAGAUAACAAGAGGCAUGCGCAAAGCUUUGUUUUCGUUUGAUCCGGUCCAGUCCGCGGAACGUUUUCCGUGUGUGGAUAUUUAUGCAUGUUAAUAUGCAAUGACGGAUGGAUUGGCUGCAUGAAGUGGUUGAAGAAAAACAAUAUGGUCGGACAUGAUGUAUUUUUCUUGGAAGCAUGUUAGUUUGUCCAGAAAUAUAAGAACCGUUAGAAUGACAAUCUAUCAUGGUGGAAACAAAAAGAAGUGUAAAAUGAGAGACAACAAAUAAAGACAAAGCAAAUACAAAUUCAUGCUACAAAAAUGAAGCUGAUUUUGUGAAACGAUAUUUGACUCAUAUAUUGCCAGAAUAAGAAAAAACUUAAAAAAUGACGGUUAAACUGUUAUAACAACAACCGUAUGUAACAAACAAUUUGUGGGCACGCCCCUUUAGCGGACGUCGUUUCAAGGUCCCAAUUUACAUUAACCCCUAAAAUGGACCUCUGUAUAGCGUCCAACAAUGAAUAAAACAGCUCUUGUAAGAAGUUUUGUCUAAUUUUUCCUUAGACAAGUUAUAGCUUCAAAAUAUUAAAUUAUCUACUCUGAGACAAAAAAAAAUCUUGAAAUUGUUUUGUAAGUCUUCUGUUUGUUUUAUUUAUUUUUUGAAUCAAAGAUAGUAUAGUUGCGAUAGUAUUGUCUUCUCCUAAAAAUUACCCU